UGCAAUAUGAGAGUGAAGUCUAUCACCCAUAAGAGGCCACUCGCAAAAUGAAGGGGAUAACGUGCAUAGCGUUAUAGAAAAGCAAAUGAAAAGGCACAUAAAAUCACGCUCUAUUUACACGCCAUUGCAGUAUAUAACACUAAUUCGGGCUGCCAAAAAAUCUGGACCAGCAUGAAAUGACACAUGAUCGCUUUUAUGACUUAAAAGCUUUACAAGAAGCUUGGGGUACGAAUUUUAAUAUGGAUGAAGACAAGAACCAAGCAAAGUGGCAUGACAUAAAAGUCCUCAAAGUUGAAAAGGAAAAUCUUAUGGUCUUUUUCUAUAAAACAUCUUUUGCAGAGGCCGAAUUCAAAAAAUGUUGGGUGAAUAAGAGAAAGACUAGACGUACUGAAGUAGAACUUACAUCUAGUAUCACAAUAAAUCUGAGGAGAGCAUACGCAGAAAAAAUUACUUUGUCGGAUGCAAAAGAAGACAAUAAAGAACUUGUCGACAAAAAUAUGAUUUCGAACCCGUACUGCGACAGUUUUUACAAAAAUGUUUUGUAAAACACUGAUCUAGAUUAAGUAAUACAAUUUUUAGAGUAGGUACGAAGUCUAGUACAAGAAGUAAGUCCCAUUAUUGAAUUUAUUUUAUUAGGAGACUACUUUUUUGUAUUUGUAAAUAUUAAUAAGGUUACUGAAUAAUAUUAGAAUUCUAAUAAUUGAACUGUGAUUUGCAACUUGGGACUGUUACUGCUAAUAGUAAGUGAUAAUAGCACAAAAACGAAAAUAUAGACUGCUAGAAUUUAUAAUUUUUAAUAUCUUGUAUUGAAUAUUACCAAAGAUAGGUCAGAGGCUGUAAUUAUGUUAAGUUUAAAGAGGAGAGAAUGCUCAAAUUUUUAUACUAAUUUUGUAUGUAACUAUAAUUUCAUAAAUUGAUGUUUAAUUUUCCUUUGUUUUUUAUUUCAGUAAAUAAAUUAUAAGUUUCUAUAUGAAUAAAUUAAUUGUUUUAUUUUAACCAUUUUAAUUUUAGUAUACCUACAUAGAUCUAAAAUCUAUCCUAAACUUAUCAAGCAAGACGUUGUACAUCA